CUUCCUCCUCCUCCCCCCGCCCGCCGCGCACGCACAGGAAGGAGGGGGCUACUGAGCACCGGAGAGCAGGCGCAGUCCCCGCACCAGCAGGCCGAUCCCCCCCAUCUAGGCCCGGGCCGCUUCCUGGUUACCUGCUGCCGUUGUUAGGGAGGGAGGAGAAGGAGAGCGGGUCACGGCGGAGGGUCAAAGGGGAAAGGUCACCCACCCAGCAUCCUCCGGGUUGGAAACACAGCCAUCUUGGUUCUGCGAGACAAGAAAAUUCAUGCGGCCUUUCCAUCUCUACAAGGGACUACAGCUCUCAUCAGAUGCAGAAUACACAUUUACAUCCAGAGACUGACAGGUGACAUACAGCAUGUUUGGUGCUUCAAGAAAGAAGUUUGUAGAAGGGGUCGAAAGUGACUACCAUGAUGAGAAUAUGUAUUAUAGCCAGUCCUCGAUGUUUCCGCAUCGGUCGGAGAAAGAUAUGCUGGCAUCUCCAUCACCAUCUGCAUCGGGUCAGCUGUCCCAGUUUGGGGCUAGUUUAUACGGACAACAAAGUGCACUAGGCCUUCCAAUGAGGGGGAUGAGCAACAAUACUCCUCAGUUAAACCGCAGCUUAUCACAAGGCACUCAAUUACCAAACCAUGUAACGCCGACAACAGGGGUACCAACAAUGUCACUUCAUACGCCUCCAUCGCCAAGCAGGGGUAUCUUGCCGAUGAAUCCCAGGAAUAUGAUGAACCACUCCCAAGUUGGUCAGAGCAUUGGAAUUCCCAGCAGGUCAAAUAACAUGAGCAGUUCAGGUUUAGGUAGUCCAAACAGAAGCUCGCCCAGCAUAAUAUGUAUGCCAAAGCAACCAUCAUCCCGGCAACCUUUUACUGUGAACAGCAUGUCUGGGUUUGGAAUGAACAGAAAUCAGGCGUUUGGUUUGAACAAUUCAUUAUCGAGUAAUAUUUUUAAUGGAACAGACGGAAGUGAAAAUGUGACCGGUUUGGACCUUUCAGAUUUCCCUGCACUAGCUGAUAGAAAUCGAAGGGAAGGAAGUGGUAACCCUACUCCGUUAAUAAACCCUUUAGCGGGAAGGGCUCCUUAUGUCGGUAUGGUGACAAAACCAGCAAGUGAGCAGUCUCAGGACUUCUCAAUACACAACGAGGACUUUCCUGCAUUACCAGGCUCCAGUUAUAAGGAUCCAACAUCGAGCAAUGAUGACAAUAAAUCUAAUUUAAAUACACCAGGAAAGACUGCCUCAAGUACGGAUGGACCCAAAUUUCCAGGAGACAAAAGUUCCACAACACAAAAUAAUAACCAGCAGAAAAAAGGGAUCCAGGUCUUACCUGAUGGCCGAGUUACCAACAUUCCUCAAGGCAUGGUGACAGACCAGUUUGGUAUGAUUGGGUUGUUAACAUUCAUCAGGGCAGCUGAAACAGAUCCAGGGAUGGUACAUCUCGCAUUAGGAAGUGACUUGACAACACUAGGCCUCAAUCUCAACUCUCCUGAGAACCUUUAUCCAAAAUUUGCAUCGCCGUGGGCAUCCUCGCCCUGUCGACCACAAGACAUUGAUUUCCAUGUUCCAUCUGAAUACUUAACGAAUAUUCACAUUAGAGAUAAGCUGGCUGCAAUAAAACUUGGCCGAUAUGGAGAAGAUCUACUCUUCUAUCUUUAUUACAUGAACGGCGGGGAUGUAUUACAGCUUUUAGCAGCAGUAGAGCUUUUCAACAGAGACUGGAGAUACCACAAAGAAGAGCGGGUAUGGAUAACCAGGGCACCUGGAAUGGAACCAACUAUGAAAACCAACACCUAUGAGAGGGGAACAUAUUAUUUCUUUGACUGUCUUAACUGGAGGAAAGUCGCAAAGGAGUUCCAUUUGGAAUAUGACAAACUAGAAGAAAGGCCUCAUCUGCCAUCCACGUUCAAUUACAAUCCUGCUCAGCAAGCCUUCUAAAGACUUCCCUGUUCAUGGGGUAUGGCUGUCUCAGCACAAUACUCAACAUAACUGCAGAACUGAUGUGGCUCAGGCAUCCUGGUUUUAAUUCCUUGAGGAUCUGGCAAUUGUCUCAUGCAAAGGGAUCAUCACUUGAGGUCCUGCCUUACUAAUUAUGUGCUGCCCAACAACUAGAAUUGUCAUUUGUUUCUUUAGUUUGAGCAGGGUCUGAUUUUUUUUUUUCCCUCUUUGUUUUGUUUCAUUUUAUGCCAGCAGACAGACAUAGCUCUGUAUACAGACACACACAUAAGAACAGAAUACUGACAGUUUACCACUCAGUUUUCAAAUUGUACAAAAAAAGAGAGUGAGAUUGAGAGACAAACACAAAAUUAGACAGCAAAGUUUGCAUUGUUCAUUGUAGCACUAUUUGGUAAUAAAAGAAACACAUGUUUGUGCAUUUUUAUGUGAAGAUCCUUCUCGUAUUUCAUUUGGAAAGAUGGGCAAGGUCAACUUCCUUCAUUUUACUCCCCUUCUGUUCUUGAUGGGCAAUUUUCUGCCAUGUUCUGCCCCUUCCCAGCUAGAGGAGUAUGCAUCUCCCUGCAGUGCAAGGAUCUGCGGGCCCCUGUGGCAGGGAAUGGGAAGACAAAGCCAAUAAUUCACUCUAAAGGAGAAAGAUAUUGCCGCAACCUUUGGACAAUUUCCAGAGUUGUGUAUUACUGAGCUUCAUCUUUCCAGAAUGAGCAAAACACUGUCCAGUCUUUGUUACGAUUUUGUAAUAAAUGUGUACAUUUUUUUUAAAUUUUUGGACAUCACAUGAAUAAAGGUAUGUAUGUACGAAUGUGUAUAUAUUAUAUAUAUGACACCUAUUUUGGAAAUGUUUGCCCUGCUGUACCUCAUUUUUAGGAGGUGUGCAUGGAUGCAAUAUAUGAAAAUGGGACAUUCUGGAACUGCUGGUCAGGGGACUCCAUUGUCGCCCUGUGCACUAAAGGGCCAGAUUUUCAGCAGCCAAGGACAUCCAUACCCAAGUGAACGUGAUGGGACUUAAAGAAGUGAACUGAGACAAUUCACUCUGGCUGUUUGAACAGCAGCGUUUCAUAGGAAGAAAAAAAAAAAAAGAUCAAUCUUGUAUUUUCUGACCACAUAAAGGCUUCUUCUCUUUGUAAUAAAGUAGAAAAGCUCUCCUCA